UUUAUUUGGAGGAGGACACUAUUGAAGCCACCUGCUCAGAACAAUGAAAUUCUUCAGUUACAUUAUGGUUUAUCGCCGAUUUCUCCUCGUGGUUCUCACUGUGUUGGUUUUACUGCCUCUGCCCAUCGUCCUCCACACCAAGGAAACAGAAUGUGCCUACAUACUCUUCGUGGUCGCCAUAUUUUGGCUUACAGAAGCAUUGCCUCUGUCGGUAACAGCUUUGCUACCUAGUUUAAUGUUCCCCAUGUUGGGGAUCAUGCCUUCUAAGAAGGUGGCAUCUGCCUAUUUCAAGGAUUUUCACCUACUGCUAAUUGGAGUUAUCUGUUUAGCAACAUCCAUAGAAAAAUGGAAUUUGCACAAGAGAAUUGCUCUGAAAAUGGUGAUGAUAGUCGGUGUAAAUCCUGCAUGGCUGACUCUGGGGUUCAUGAGCAGCACUGCCUUUUUGUCUAUGUGGCUCAGCAACACCUCGACCGCUGCCAUGGCGAUGCCCAUUGCAGAGGCUGUAGCACAGCAGAUCAUCAAUGCCGAAGCAGAGGUUGAGGCCACUCAGAUGACUUACUUCAACGGAUCUACCAAUCACGGACUAGAGAUUGAUGAAAGUGUUAAUGGACAUGAAACAAAUGAGAGGAAAGAGAAAACAAAACCAGUUCCAGGAUGCAAUAACGAUACAGGGAAAAUUUCAAGCAAGGUGGAGUUGGAAAAGAACUCAGGCAUGGGAACCAAAUAUCGAACAAAGAAGGGCCACAUGAUAUGUAAACUUAUGUGUUUGUGCAUUGCCUACUCUUCUACUAUUGGUGGACUGACAACAAUCACUGGUACCUCCACCAACUUGAUCUUUGCUGAGUAUUUCAAUACACGCUAUCCUGACUGUCGUUGCCUCAACUUUGGAUCAUGGUUUACAUUUUCCUUCCCGGCUGCUCUUAUCAUUCUACUCUUAUCCUGGAUCUGGCUUCAGUGGCUUUUCCUAGGAUUCAAUUUUAAGGAGACGUUCAAAUGUGGCAAAACCAAAACAGUCCAACAAAAAGCUUGUGCUGAGGUGAUUAAGCAAGAAUACCAAAAGCUUGGGCCAAUAAGGUAUCAAGAAAUUGUGACCUUGGUGCUCUUCAUUCUAAUGGCUCUGCUAUGGUUUAGUAGAGAUCCUGGAUUUGUUCCUGGUUGGUCUGCACUUUUUUCAGAGUACCCUGGUUUUGCUACAGAUUCAACUGUUGCUUUACUUAUAGGGCUGCUAUUCUUUCUCAUUCCAGCUAAGAGAUUGACAAAAACUACACCUACAGGAGAAAUUGUUGCUUUUGAUUACUCUCCACUGAUUACUUGGAAAGAAUUCCAGUCAUUCAUGCCCUGGGAUAUAGCCAUUCUUGUUGGUGGAGGGUUUGCCCUGGCAGAUGGCUGUGAGGAGUCUGGAUUAUCUAAUUGGAUAGCAAAUAAAUUAUCUCCUCUGGGUUCAUUACCAGUAUGGCUAAUAAUUCUGAUAUCUUCUUUGAUGGUCACAUCUUUAACUGAGGUAGCCAGCAAUCCAGCUACCAUUACACUCCUUCUCCCAAUAUUAUCUCCAUUGGCUGAAGCCAUUCACGUGAACCCUCUUUAUAUUCUGAUACCUUCUACUCUGUGUACUUCGUUUGCAUUCCUCCUACCAGUAGCAAAUCCACCCAAUGCUAUUGUCUUUUCAUAUGGUCAUCUGAAAGUCAUUGACAUGGUUAAAGCUGGACUUGGUGUCAACAUUGUUGGUGUUGCUGUGGUUAUGCUUGGCAUUUAUACCUGGAUUGUACCCAUGUUUGACCUCUACACUUACCCUUCGUGGGCUCCUGCUAUGAGUAAUGAGACCAUGCCAUAAUAAGCACAAAAGUUCUGACUAUCUUGUGGUAGUUUCUGGAAGGCAUUAAUAAUUGACUGUAAAAUGUGGCUGUAAAUAACUAAUGACACAAAUUUAAAUCAGUUAUGGUAUAGCUGCUGCAAUUCCCAUGAAUACCGGAAACCUGCUGUUAUAACUCAGAGUCAAUAUUUGUUAUUGCGGUGCAACUAAAGACCAUCUAUGUGCCUUCAUCAAGAAGCCCACGUUUGAGAUUUUGCUCAUGAACCAUCUGCAACUUGCUUCAUCAUAAGAAUAAUUUAUAACUUGACCUUUAAAGAGAUUAGAGCAUUUGUUUCAUCUUACAGCUGGAAUUCAAUGUAACAUUUUAAAUGCAAUUUAUUAUUUCAGAAACUUCCUAUGAAACUAAAAAUAGAAAAUAAGAUAUACAAGUUAAUUCGGUACUUGGAUAAAUCAUUUCUGCAGUGUUGUUCAAGAGAAUUUGCUGAGAAAUCAAAGCCAUGGUCAUCUGGUGACACAGAGAAAAGUUUAAUCUAAAUGAUAUGUGCACUUCCUCAUUUAAAAAAUCCAAUUGGAUUAUUCUUAAUAUAUACAUGUAAUAUGAAAGUUGAGAUUGAAGCAGUAAUUCCAAAAUUAUGGCUGAAUAUACUAAAUAACAGAAAACUUAUAGAUAAGAUUUAUUUCUACUGAACUCUACAGUUAGAGUAAUAUAAUUCAUACUUUUAUGAUAUUGGCACACUGAGAAAUUCAUUUUGUAGAGCUAUGGAUAAGUCUUGCUAUGAUUUGCACUAUUAAUACAGUAUUGUUAGAAAGGAAAACUAAACACUAUAAAACUAUUAACACAGUUUUGUAUAUGAGUAACAACUUUGCUUAAGUGUUUAUCUUAGUUCAGAAAUGCAUAAUAUCAUAUGUUAAAAAUAAAGAGAUGUAGAAAUCUAAAUAAAUUAUCACUGUGUAUACAGACAUAGAAAAAUCACAUAACUCCAUUAUGUAAACAGUGCAAUGAAAAAAG